AUGGAAGGCAAAAGAUCUCUUCUUCCCUGCCUUCUCCUCCAUGGCCUUCUAUUGGCUCUGAUUACUAUCAGGGCAGCAUCUCAACCCAAUAGAAAGAGUUAUAUUGUGUACAUGGGAAAAAAACCUAGCGGUGGGAGUGCCACAUCCUCGCUUCACAAUAGCAUGCUACAAGAUGCCUUCGGCAGCGAGUUUGACAUGAAGUCAGUGCUCUGUACCUACAAGAGGAGUUUUGAUGGAUUUGUGGUCCAGCUAACGGAGGAAGAAGCAAGUAAAAUGGCUGGAAUGAAUGGUGUGGUAUCUGUGUUUCCGAAUGAAAAGAGAGACCUCCAUACAACAAGGUCAUGGGACUUCAUGGGGUUCUCCCAACAAGUGGAAAGAUCAGCUUCGGAAAGUGAUGUAAUCAUUGGAGUUUUAGACACUGGAAUCUGGCCUGAAUCUGAAAGUUUUAAUGACAAAGGAUUUGGUCCGCCUCCCAGCAAAUGGAAAGGCAAUUGUCAAACGGCAGGUGUCAAUUUCACUUGCAACAAUAAAAUCAUUGGAGCACAGUAUUACCGGAGCAAUGGGUUAUUUGGCCCAGAUGACAUUGUUUCUCCUCGAGAUACUAGUGGUCAUGGGACUCAUACUGCAUCAACAGCAGCCGGAGGGUUGGUUAACAGGGCAAGCCUGUUUGGCUUUGCCUCGGGAACAGCUCGUGGAGGGGUUCCAUCGGCACGUAUUGCCGUGUACAAGAUUUGCUGGUUUGAUGGUUGUUAUGAUGCUGACAUUCUCGCAGCUUUUGAUGAUGCAAUUGCAGAUGGGGUUGACAUUAUAUCUCUUUCAGUAGGAACAGCAAUUCCUAGAGACUAUUUCAACGAUUCUAUAGCUAUUGGAGCUUUUCAUGCCAUGAGAAACGGCGUGUUGACAGUAAACUCUGCAGGUAAUCAGGGUCCUGACCGUGCAACCAUCACCAAUUUUUCUCCAUGGUCCCUCUCUGUGGCUGCUAGCACCAUAGACAGAAAGUUUUUCACCAAGGUCCAGCUUGGGAACAAUAUGAUUUAUGAGGGUGCAUCAAUAAAUACAUUUGAUCUCAAGAAUGAAAUGUACCCUAUAAUUCAUGGUGGAACUGCACCCAACACUACUGGAAACUUUACAUGGGCUUCAUCCAGGAAUUGCCUUCAGAACUCGUUGGACCACAAUUUGGUGAAGGGAAAAAUUGUUCUUUGUGAUAGGUUAGUCUCCGGGAGAGAACCACUCCGCGCUGGUGCAGUUGGUAGUGUGCUGCGAGACAAUGCUCCAAAUGAUUAUGCUAGCUUGUUUCCUUUGCCUGCAUCUUACCUUGAUCUGGUUGAUGGCAGUAAGAUUUUUGUAUAUGUAAACUCGACACGUAACCCAACUGCAACUAUAUUUAAGAGUAAGGAGGCUAAUGACUCACUGGCUCCUUAUGUAGUCUCUUUCUCAUCAAGGGGUCCGAAUCCAAUUACACCUGACAUACUCAAGCCAGAUAUAUCUGCACCAGGGGUCCACAUUCUAGCUGCAUGGUCCUUAAUUUCCCCUGUUUCUCAAACUAAAGGCGAUAACAGAUUUGUGCCAUUCAACAUAAUCUCAGGAACAUCAAUGGCUUGCCCCCAUGUUUCUGCAGCAGCUGCCUACGUUAAGUCAUUUCAUCCCACAUGGUCUCCUGCUGCUAUCAAAUCUGCCCUUAUGACCACUGCUUUCCCUAUGAGUUCUGGCAUUAACUUGGAUGCUGAAUUCGCAUACGGAUCAGGCCAUCUGAAUCCUAUCAAGGCUGUCAAUCCUGGUCUAGUAUAUGAUUCUGAGGAAGUUGACUACAUAAAAUUUUUAUGCGGACAAGGAUAUGGGACUCGGUUUCUACAGCUAGUCACUAGGGAUAAUACUACUUGUUCUGAAGCUACCAAUGGAACAGUUUGGGAUCUAAACUAUCCUUCCUUUGCUCUUUUUACCUCAGCCUCUACAACUGUUAGCCGUGUCUUCAACAGGACAAUCACAAAUGUCGGAUCACCAAUGUCUAUAUAUAGAGCAAAUGUGACUACCCCAGCAGGAGCACUUAAAAUCCAAGUUAAUCCUAAUGUUCUGUCAUUCAAAUCUCUCGGGCAAAAGCUAUCAUUUUCACUAACCAUUGAAGGAACGACAGAUAAAUCUAUAGUUUCUGCUUCCUUGGUAUGGGAUGAUGGCGUACAUAAAGUCAAGAGUCCCAUCAUCGUAUUUCUUUCAAUAUCAUAGUUAUGAAUUAUCAAAAGUUUUUAAUAAUUUAUCCUAUUUCUCUUAUACUAAGACACAUUGAAUUCAAAGCUGGUCUUUGACAAUUUGUACUCUUUUCUUUUCACACUGCAAAUUCCCUGG